UCAACUUAGCGCUGAUUGGUUGGCGGAUUUGCGUGCAGGCGCGUAGAAACCGACAACAAACAUGGCGGACGAUCACACUGACGCAGAGCAAACCCUGGAAGGUCACACACCUGUUGCAGAAAAUCCGCAUGCAGAUUAUGGUCUCACAGAAAAUGUACAGAGGAUAGUGGAAAAUGAGAAAUCCAGUGCAGAAAAGGUUUCAAAGCAGAAGGUAGAUCUACAGUCACUUCCAACACGAGCGUAUCUGGACCAGACUGUUGUACCUAUUCUUCUACAGGGCCUUUCUGUGCUGGCCAAAGAGAGACCUCCAAAUCCCAUUGAGUUUUUAGCAGCAUAUCUUCUUAAGAACAAAUCACAAUUUGAAGAUCGGAAUUGACUCCUGGGCAGGCAGCUGAGAAUCGCCAUCUCCAUCUUCACAUUACUUAGCAUUUACAGACUUUUUAAUGUUUUUUUUAAAUCUUUAUCUGUUAACAAUAUAAUUGCUGGAUAAAAAAUGGUAUUUCAUUGCAGAAUUGUAGUUUAUGCGGAUAUGGUUCUACCUGAUAUUACUGCAUUAUGAUGACUGUUUUAUUUGAUGGAACGAAAAUGGUUGAAAUGUUCAUAUACUGCAAUGCCUCAAGGUGUAAUGUCAAUCUUGAUGAAUGGAGCAAGUAUUGAAGACCGCAGGAAAAUGCAUACAUGCUUUUAUACAACUGAAAAACUGCAUGUGUAAAUGCUAAAUGUUACUCUACCUGUUUGAUCGUAAUGAAGCAAUAUUUGACUAAUAAAAGGUUAAAACCA